AUGGGUCGAGUGCGCACGAAGACGGUGAAGAAGUCGUCGCGGCAGGUCAUCGAGCGGUACUAUUCGCGGAUGACCCUCGACUUCCACACUAACAAGAAGAUCCUGGAGGAGGUGGCCAUCAUCCCCUCCAAGCGCCUCCGCAACAAGAUCGCCGGCUUCUCCACCCACCUGAUGAAGCGCAUCCAGCGUGGGCCCGUGAGGGGCAUCUCGCUCAAGUUGCAGGAGGAGGAGAGGGAGCGCCGCAUGGACUUCGUCCCGGAAGUGUCCGCCAUCAAGACGGACGGCAUUGAGGUCGACAAGGAAACCAUCGAGAUGCUCGCCGCUCUCGGCAUGGCCGAUCUCCCUGGCGUCGUCAAGCAGGCGGAGUCCUCCUUCGCCGCCGGUGGCCCUGGCGGUUUCGGCGGCCACGGCGGGCUGGGGGGAAGGGGAAGGUACUAG